UGGCGGCGUCACUGCGGACGAAGGGGCGUGGCCAAUUCGUUGCCACGGAGACGCGUGGGGGCGGCCAAGGAGAAGGCUAUAGAGGCUGCAGUGGUGGCGGCGGCGGCGCGGUUAAGCCGGGUCUGGCUGGAGCCCGCUCGGGCUCGGGCGGUCGGGGCCGGUGGGAUGAACGUCCGAGGCGGACGUGGAGGUCCGGGGGCCGGCGAGGAGUGCGACGAGGACGACGAGGAGGACGACGAGGAGCGAGAGGGCGUCGCCCCGGCCUUCCAGGUGUCCCGGCUGCCGCCCAUCUCCGGCUGCGUGCCCGAGACCAGCCGGCGGAAAGUGAAGAAGAAGAAAAAGAAGAAGAAGUCGCCGGCCACGGGGCUGGGCAAGGGCUCGGGCAGAGGAGAUGGUUCCUGCAAAGAGCCUAGCUCCAAACUAGAGUCUAACAAAGAGCUUAAAAGAGAGAAAGAGGAAAACAAACAUCUAUCUUAUUCCUCUUCCGCAAAUGCUGCCUUUUCCUCCGCUGUAGACGAGAGCCUUUCCACCAAGAUCAAUGAGAGUCUCCGCUGGGAAGGCGUCCUGGAAGACCCAGUAGCAGAGGAAGAACGGAUACGCAUCUAUAAACUCAACAGGAGAAAACGGUAUCGACUUUCGGCUCUGGAAGGAUUUUGCCCAACUCCAAGUGUCCCUGAAGGGGCUAAUGAGAAAGUCUCAGUCCUUCCAGACUCAGAGAGCCACACGAACAGCAAACAGCAAGCAGUGAAGGUUGAUUGCAUCAAUUAUUUCCUCGAUGGAAAUAUGACUUCAAAGAUCCUACCCUCUCCAGAAUUAGCUACAACCAAUGUGCCGGAGCAGAAACUUCCUUCUGCCUUGGCAAAUCUAUCCUGAUCCUGUGUGUGUGUAUGUGUGUGUGUUUAAAAAUUAAAUAAUGGAAACCAGGUCAAUCCUGAGGAGGACAGAUAAUUUGUUUUGUUAUUGAGAUCAGCUUCUCCUUUCAACAAAAUGUUCUUGCACGCCAACAUAAAAGCGCCUCUCUAUAAAAAACAAAAAUGGCAGCACUUGCAGGGACCCACUGAAUUUCAUUAAGUCAAACUCUGCCCACCCUGGCCCGGGUGGUUCACUCUCACAGGGACCCAAAAGGGUUAUGCUGUAAGACCGUAAGCUGCUUCUCUGAAGGCCUGCAGAACUACAGGCCUAUUGGAAAUGGACUCAACCACUUGUCGUGAUGAGAGGCAGUAUGAUUGAUACACAGCAAAUGAACAGCCCUGGCUGUGACAUCGGAGAGCCAGGCCUGGGAUCUAGCUCUGCUACCUUGCCACCUAUGAGUAUGCACCGUGGGGGACUGACUUCUCCCUCUCUGGGUCUUUGUUUCCACCCCAUUCCAAAUCCUAUGAUCUUAUGGAAUUCUGGGAGAGAAGGGACGAAACAGUUAUACAGGGCCUGCUCUGUGCCAAACACUGUGUCAAGUGCUUUUAAAAUUUUAUCUGAUAUUUACAAAUAUUAUCUGA